UUCGGGAUGAAGCAGGGGACGCAGUGGCCGGCGCUGAUACAGGCCCUCGCGCUCCGCCCCGGCGGGCCCCCCUCCUUCCGCCUGACGGGCAUCGGCCCGCCGCAGCCCGACAGCACCGACGCGCUCCAGCAGGUCGGCUGGAAGCUCGCCCAGUUCGCGGAGGCCAUCCGCGUCGACUUCCGCUACCGCGGCCUCGUCGCCGCGUCCCUCGCCGACCUCGAGCCCUACAUGCUGCUCGACCCCGACGAGGGCGAGGGCGAGGGGCCCGGCGCGGAGGCGGAGGCGGUGGCGGUGAACUCGGUGUUCGAGCUGCACCGGCUGCUGGCGCGGCCGGGGGCGCUGGAGAAGGUGCUGGGGACGGUGCGGGCGGUGCGGCCGAAGAUCGUGACGGUGGUGGAGCAGGAGGCGAACCACAACGCGGGGUCGUUCCUGGAGCGGUUCACGGAGGCGCUGCACUACUACUCCACCUUGUUCGACUCGCUCGAGGGGGGCGGUUCGGGCGCGGAGCAGGUGAUGUCGGAGCUCUACCUGGGGCGCCAGAUAUGGAACGUCGUCGGCUGCGAGGCGGCGGAGCGGACGGAGCGCCACGAGACGACGCCGCCAUCUGAUCGACGAUCCCUCGCCGCCGCCGCCGCACUUCAGCAAAACACACCACGCACCACACACCACGCACCACCCCCGCUCUCCUCUCCAACCCCCAAAAAAAUCUCCAAUCAAUCAAUCAAUCACGCCCGCGUGUCGAGAUCCGAUUGGUCCCAGCUCACUCGAAUUGCUGCAUCGGAUCAGCCUCGGCUCGGGGCGCCUCAUCCCCCCGGCCACCCUCCGAUCAAUCGAUUCCCUUUCUCUUUUUUUUUUUUUUUU